AUGGCUGCUUCCUUUGCUGUCAGUGCUCAGGCCCUCAAAACUCCUCCUACUACAUUACAGAUCGGAAUUAAAAAGAAGAUUCCUGAAGAGCAAUGUACUAUUCGUUCGCGUGAUGGUGAUUCACUUUCAAUGCACUAUACUGGUACCUUGUUUGAAACUGGUGACAAGUUUGACAGCAGUGUUGACCGCAACCAGCCACUUGAGUUCACCCUUGGCACUGGUCGUGUCAUCAAAGGAUGGGACCUUGGAUUGAAAAAUAUGUGCAUUGGUGAAAAGCGUCGAUUGGUUAUCCCUCCCCAUUUGGGUUACGGCGCAAAUGGAAUGGGAAGCGCUAUCCCAGGUGGAUCUACCCUUGUGUUCGAUGUAGAGUUGGUCGAUAUCCAUCGCAGCAACCCUGACAGCCCUACUACUGGCCAGGAAAAGCAGGAGUUUGUAAAGCCUCUCAAUGCUCCUGGCUUGGAUUUCACUUCACCAAUCUUCUUGUUUUCUGCCGUGGGUGUGUCUGCAUUGUUGGUCAUCGUCUAUCUUGCCACAAAGUCUGGCGAAAAAGUAAAGGAAGAACCAAAGGUUGAUCAAACCACCGAGGAUUCCAAAAAGGAUUAA